AUGACCCCACAUGACCCCAACCGCGUCGCUAGCAUCAUGCUCUCAUGGCACUCGCUCGACCUCAUCUCAUGCACCAAGCUACAGACCCUAUGGGCUGGAUACGGCCAAAUAUGCGCUAUCAAAGCGCGAGCCACGACCUCCCAAGCAGCCGAACAUCUUAGCAAGCUCUGCGGGGUAGAACCAGGCGUUGCGGGGACGACCUACCCGCUCAUCCUGAAACUCAUCUCACCGCCCCGAAAAAGCGGCAACACCGCUGACGAGGGCCACCUACGAAAGAUGCUGAGCUACGAGGUAGAACAGUACUUCUAUAGCGAGGUAGUCCCGCAGCUGGGUGACGACAUAGCCAUAGCCAAAUGCGUUGCCUCGACGCGCGACAUGGACGACAUGGAAGGCUCGUCGGAGCUUAGUGGUCUCAUGGCUACGAUUAUGGUCGAUCUGCGUCCUGGAUUCCCUGUCGCGGGCGAGAAGAGAGGUGCAUUGAAUCGCACGCAGGUGCGGGCGGCACUGGACUGGUUAGCUGGUUUCCAUAGUCGCUCACGGGGACUGCUGCCAGCUAGUCUUGACGGAUAUGUUCUGCCGCCGCUUGAAGAAAGCAGUAGAAGACAGAGUGCAAACAAGGAUGCUGGCAGUGGGCUGUGGCUGAAUGGGGGAUAUACUUAUCUCGCGACACGAGGUACAGAGUACGCAUCUCUUGCGCAGGACACAGACUCGGAGUGGUCAGAUGCCCUGUGUAAGGUUUCGGAACAGUGUGCACUUUCCGUGGCGGAGAUGGUUGCAUUAUUCUUAACUCCCUGCGGAAGGGCGAUUGAAUCAUAUAUCCAUGGCGAUGUCAAGUCGGAAAACCUCUUCACGACGAGUAACGGAGAAAAGGUGGCAUUCUAUGAUUUCCAGUACGUCGGACUCGGACUAGGAGUCUGUGACCUCGCCAAAUUGUUUACAUGCUCGGUCCCACUGCAUAUGCUGGUUGAUGGGAAUGGGGAUUUGUCCGAGGAGCUGUCGAUGUGUGAUGGUGAGAGGGGACUGCUGGAGCGGUACCGCAUGAGUCUCCUCCAGGAUGAGGAAUUGGAGGAAUCGGAGCUAUACGAAUGGGGGGCGUUUAAACGACACUGGGAGACGGCCUUAGUUGACUGGUGUAGAUUCCAGGCUUCAUGGGGAUUUUGGGGAAAUACGGAGUGGCUUGAGGCCCGUGUAAGAUCAAUCUUGAAUGAUCAGGAGUGGAGAGAUUGGUUGUAUCAGAAUAUCCGCAGUCGGAUAUAG